AUGGAAUUACCUUUGCCCCAUCAAUGUUCCACGCUGCUUGCUACCUGCCGAGCCGUGAUUCGACCGGUGAGUCAGGUUCCUUACCCCGUGCGCCUGCUCAUUGAUCAAGGAUCCCAACUAACUUUUGUUUCGGAAGUUCUGGUUCAAAAUCUCCGUAUUCCCCGCAGAGCCUCUGCAAUCCCUUUAGUGGGGAUCGGUGGCACGGCAGCCGGGUACACCCGAGGAGUGGUAACGAUACGUCUUCAUUCCAUUCACGACUCUCAAAAAUCUUGCUCAAUUCAAGCAUUUGUUUUACCACAUCUCACCGCAAAAUUACCUCUUUACAAUGUUGUCCGAAGGAACUGGUCACAUAUUAACGGUCUUCAGUUAGCUGAUCCAGAAUUUUUCCGCCCAGGUCAUGUCGACGUUAUUAUCGGUUCGGAUAACUACGGUCACAUUAUUUGUGACGGUUUACACAAGGGUGGUCCCAAAGAACCGGUAGCACAGAAAACUCUUUUCGGCUGGAUUUUAUUUGGACCUGUAACAUCUGAGAAGUCGCUGCAAGAUCCAUUAGCCUACCACUGCUCUGUUGACGAUUCUUUACAAGAAAUUCUUACACGAUUCUGGAAACAAGAGGAAAUAGUUCCUUUGACAUCAUCCCUCCUCUCCCCAGACGAAGCCGAAUGCGAGAAACAUUUUGUUGCUACGCAUAGACGCGACUCCACUGGUCGAUAUGUGGUCCGACUUCCUUUCAAGUCUUCCCCCCAUACUUUGGGGGACUCGCGGAAGUCUGCCCUUGCCUGUCUGUCGAGACUCACGAAGCGCUUUUCAUUCGACGCAAAAUAUAAACAAUUGUACGAAGAAUUUAUCCAGGAGUAUCUAUCGUUAGGUCACAUGAAGGAGGCGCCGACUGAAGAGGAGUUUCCUCGCUUCCAUCUUCCCCACCAUGGAAUUGUCAAGCAACAGAACGAGUCAUCUAAAAUUCGUGUAGUUUUCAACGGAUCAAGUCGCUCCUCCACAAAUGUUUCCCUCAAUGACAUUCUUCAUUCAGGUGCUAAACUCCAAGUUGAUUUAGCCAAGGUUCUUCUGUGGGCUCGUUCACAUCGCUUUAUCUUUGUGGCCGACAUCGUUAAGAUGUUUCGACAGAUAUCGGUACACCCUGAGGAUUGGAGGUACCAGAGCAUUCUGUGGCAAAGACCUGACCAGGAGGUCAUAGUUUAUUACCUCACCACGGUCACGUACGGACUCAGCUGCGCGCCAUUCCUAGCCCUCCGCUGUUUACAACAGCUGAUAGAGGAUGAAGGGCCAAAAUUCCCCAAGGCAAUUCCACCUUUGUCUAAGGGUCGCUAUGUAGAUGAUAUUUUUGGUGGAGCAGACUCAAUCAUCGAGGCAAAGGAAAUAAUUCAGCAAGUGAAGAAUUUGUGCAACGCCGGGGGGUUCCCCUUAUUAAAGUGGCAAAGUAAUAACCCCGAACUUCUGCCUACCGCAACCAGUACAAAUCCGAGGAACGAAAUUAAUUUGGAAUUUGAACGAUCUCUCAUCAAAAUCUUGGGGAUUGAGUGGAAGCCAUCCACAGACACCUUUCAUUUUUCAAUUCAGCCGUCAAAUUCUAACAAGUAUACGAAACGUGCUAUUUUGUCUGAAAUUGCGAGACUUUUCGAUCCAUUGGGCCUGUUAUCCCCAGUCAUUAUACGUGCUAAGAUUUUGCUGCAAGAGAUGUGGUUGCUCAAGAUUGAGUGGGAUGAAUCCCUUCCCGAGUCAGUACAGCAACGGUGGAGUGACUUUCGACAGGAAUUACUUUUAUUAUCACAGAUUUCCAUUCCGCGGUGGUUAGGCUUUCUAACUACAUCGACAUUGGUGGAGUUACACGGAUUUGCUGAUGCUUCGAAUCUUGCGAUGGCAGCAGUUGUCUAUGUGAAGACCGAAACUUUGGACAAAGAAUUUUCUGUGAGGCUCGCCUGCGCAAAAUCCCGCGUAGCUCCUCUCAAGCGAGUCACCAUCCCUCGUCUGGAGUUAUGUGCUGCCCUUCUUCUUGCUCGGCUUAUGAAACAAACCAUAGAAACUCUCAAUUUAAAAGAGACUCCCAUUUUUCUAUGGACAGACUCUUCGGCGACACUUGCCUGGACUACUGCACAUCCCUCCCGUUGGAAAGACUACGUUCGAAACAGAGUCACAACGAUACAAGAGUUGCUACCUUCAGCAUCAUGGCGGUAUGUGCCAGGGAAGGAGAAUCCCGCUGAUUGUGCAUCACGUGGCCUUUGCACAGAGCGUUUCAUCGAGCACGAGCUUUGGUGGAACGGGCCAAGGUGGCUUUCAAGUUUGUCAACUGAGUGGCCUUCUUUAAAGGCUCAACUUCCACCUGAUAUAGAUCUCGAGAAUCGAUCGGACUGCGCUUUAUCAGCCGUGACCCAUCCAACUCCGUACUGGAACUUACUGGACCGCUACUCCUCGUUAAAAUGUCUGUUAAGAAUCACGGCUCUUUGUCAACGAUUUAUAGCGCGUUUGAGGAAACAAACGAAUCUUUCCUCAGAGCCACUUAGCCCGGAAGAUCUUCUUCACAGUCGACUGUUGUGGUGUAAGAUCGUACAACAAUCUUGGUUCUCUCAGGAGAUACGAAUUCUUUUUCAGGGAGGAAACCUUCCUCGUUCUAAUCACUUGAUUCGACUUACUCCGUUUAUCGACAAGGACGGAAUUUUGAGAGUGGGCGGCCGUCUCCACUUCGCCAAGAUCGAUAAUGAAACUAAACACCCAGUCAUUCUGCCACGUCACUCGCCAUUUACGACACUUGUCAUUGCCGACGCUCACCGCAGAACUCUUCACGGAGGUACUCAAGUGACUUUGAGUUUCCUGCGACAGACUUAUUGGAUUCUCGGAGGCAGAGCACCGGUCCGUUCGUUUAUCCUAAAGUGUGUCCGAUGUUCCCGAUAUCGCGGCCAAAGGGCUCAACAGCUGAUGGGGCAACUCCCUUCCUCCAGAGUGGUGCCUUCCAGACCUUUUUUACAUGCCGGACUUGAUUACGCUGGUCCCAUGCAACUUAAAACAUGGAGAGGUAGAGCCACACGAAGUUAUAAGGGCUAUCUAGCGAUUUUUAUUUGCCUAGCCACCUCGGCCAUCCAUAUUGAAAUCGUGACGGAUUACACUACGGAAGCUUUCCUAGCGGCAUAUAAGAGAUUUUCCGGCCGCCGUGGAGUUUGUGCGACUUUGCGAAGCGACUGCGGAACGAAUUUUGUCGGCGCAGAUUCGAUCUUACGUCAACGUUUUGCUACGUCGUCCAAAGAGCUGCGGGACCUGGCAAUUCUCCUCGCGAAUGACGGAACCGAGUGGCUAUUCAACCCUCCCUCCGCGCCGCACUUUGGAGGAAAAUGGGAAGCUGCGGUUAAAUCUACCAAGUAUCACCUCGCUAGGUUACUAGGUGACACCACUCUUACUUAUGAGGAACUGUCCACGAUAGUAAUACAAAUAGAGGCCGUUUUGAACUCACGCCCUCUUUGCCCGUUAUCUGACGACCCAGAGGAUCUGUCCGCCUUGACGCCAGGUCAUUUUCUCAUCGGUGAGGCACCAACUGUAAUACCGGAGCCUAGUCUGGCCGAGGAGACUCUUUCCCGACUUUCGAGGUGGCAGUUGGUCCGUCAGAAAGUGGAUCUAUUCUGGAAAAGAUGGUCUGCUGAAUGCCUUCAGAGAUUUCAGGCUAUUUCUAAAUGGCACCACCCAUCCAACUGCAUAGUCGAAGGAUCGCUGGUUCUCGUGACUGAUGAGCGUUACCCACCAGCUAAAUGGCCACUGGGAAGAGUUAUCGAGCUGCAUAAAGGACCCGAUGGAUUGGCCAGAGUUGUGACGCUUCGAACGGCCAGUGGAUCUUACAAAAGGCCAAUCACGAAACUUUGUGUCCUCCCUAUUGACCCCGACGCAGGCUAUCCGACGACGGCGUCGCCGGAUGCCGGGGGGAAUGUUACGGAAAAGUCUUAA